UGACAACCGAAUGAUGAACCAAGAACAAUUUUUGAAUAUACAACUAUACCACAGCUGUCUGAUGGAAAGAUGUUCACUCUUCCGUCAUCUUAGUCACUGGCUUCCUACUGGUAGAGCGCAGAGCGGAGAUGGUGAAUAUUCUAAUCUAAAGGAUAUAAUCCUUGGAGUAUUUUUAGCUUGGCACAACUGGAGAUGUAUAGGGGUGAGAGUUGGCGAGAAUUCAAACAAUGAAAAAGCGUCUCCACCUAAAAUCAUAGUUAUUUGAAAUCUCGCCAAUUCUCGCCAAUUGAACAUUUCCACACAUUAAUAUAUGAUCAUUGUUGAUCUAAAUGGAAAAUAUGUGUUUACAGAUUUUAACCUCAAAAUUGUUAUUUCCACAUCAUUUCAUUCUGCUUCAAUUUGUAUAUCGAAGUAAAUUGAGUGAUUUUUGAAUCAAGUUUUGAAUAUACCACCUUUCCGGAAGAUCCAAAUGUCCCCAAACAAUUGUCGUUGACCAGAUCCCGCCAAAUGUGCCUGUACCGCCAAUUUUUUACUUCAUUCUUUGCCGCCAAUAGUUCAUUCUCCAUCUCCAACCUCAACAGGCAGCGUGCUCUUCGCCAAUUUGUAAAAAAACCAUUGAAUAACACAAAAAUGCCUUCAUCUAAGGGUCCCCUCGUCUUGAAAUACACAAAAGUAGUGCCUGAAGCUUAUCCACCAACCAAAGGAUCCACUAAAGCAGCAGGAUAUGACUUGAAAAGUGCUUCUGAUGUAGUUGUUCCUGCAAGGGGCAAGGCCCUAGUGGACACAGGUUUGAAGAUUGAGCUCCCAGUGGGUUGCUAUGGAAGGGUGGCCCCCAGGUCUGGUUUGGCAGUCAAGAACUUCAUAGAUGUUGGUGCUGGUGUAGUGGAUGAAGACUACAGAGGAAUCCUGAAAGUAGUUCUAUUCAACCACUCUGACAAUGAUUUUGAAGUUAAAAGUGGGGACCGCAUUGCUCAACUGAUCUGUGAAAAGAUUUACUAUCCUGAACUUGAAGAAGUAGAGGAAUUGACUGAAACUGUUCGUGGUGAAGGUGGAUUUGGAUCAACUGGUAACAAAUAAUGACAGUACAUUUCAGUGAAUACCUAAGAGUUGUUAAUUUAACCAUGGCUGUAUUAUGUUUAUUUCAUGUUGAAAUGCUCCUAGUUUACAUUUUGUGUGGUGUAUCAUAGUCUAUGUGGAAAUGCUAUGUUCUAAGUUAAGGUUAUUUGUUCAUAUGUAGUUUCCAAAUUUGGCUGUUCCUUAGUUCCUUCAGAUCUGAUUGAGAUUAAGAUCAGAUUGACAGUUCAUUAAUAAAUGUAAUUAUAUUUUAUAUUGGUGGAUUUUAUUCCUCACCUUCUUCACAUUCUCUCAGCAUUUAGAACCAAAAAUAAUGUGUUAUUAAAUUGAUUCAAUUAUUUUCCUAACAAUUUUGAAAUAAUAUUUUUCCUGGGUUUCUAUGACCUAAAUGAAAGCUUAAACCACAAUCUGCUUCAACAAAUUUAAAAAUGAUAGGUCAAUAGCGAGGUCCAUAGAUACAUAGAUACUCUCCAUUCUUAUAUAUUUUUCAACUUAUUUAGAUUUGAUAUACACGUCUGGCAAAAAUAAUUUUCCUUUGUGGAAACCCUGUGAAUUCUGUGCAUGGAAAUUUUAACAAAGAACGGUGACGUUGCCAUUACACGGUUUCUUUUUCAUAAUCCAAUCAACAGAUGGAGUUGAAUAACAAUUUUUUCUAGAAUAUAAUCCAAAUAUAUUUAUUAUGACAAGCCAAAUAAUAUUUACAACCUACCCAAGGCAUUCAGAUAUAUUAAAUAAUUUACUCCAGCAACAUUUAUAAAAUGUCCUUGAACCUACAACAUUAAAUAUUAAGAAAAUAAAAUAAUGAGCACUCCUUGAAACAAAUUUUUCUAAUUUGAUUGAACACAUAAUGUAUCUUCACAGCGAGUUACAGAAACAAUAAAAUUAACUA